AUGGGAAAGGUAAGUGAAGCAACUACUAUCAUCUUUUUCGAGGACAAGAACUUCCAGGGUCAGUGCUACGAGUGCAGCACUGACUGCUCAGACCUUCACACUUUCUUUGCCCGCUGCAAUUCCAUCCGGGUGGAAGGUGGCAGCUGGGUGCUUUACGAGAAAACAAAUUUUACAGGAUACCAGUACAUUCUGACCAGGGGCGAAUAUCCCGACUUUCAGCACUGGAACGGCUAUAAUGACAGCAUCAAGUCAUGUCGUCAGAUUCGUCACGCCACUGGCGGUAAAUACAAAAUUAGAGUCUACGAAAGAACUGACUUCAGUGGACAGAUGAUGGAAUUCUCUGAUGACUGCCCAUCAAUCCACGAUCGCUUCCCCUCCCAUGAGAUCCACUCCUGCCAAGUGCUGGAAGGUGCCUGGAUCUUCUUUGAGCAUGCCAACUACAGAGGAAGACAGUACCUGCUUGAGAAAGGAGAAUACAAGCGAUACAGUGACUGGGGUGCAAGCUUCCCAACUGUUGGCUCUUGCCGUCGUGUUACAGAAUUCUAA